AUGUAUUCUGCUCUACCAAACAUCUACAACAUGAUUCAUCAAGAAGAGAAGACUCAGAAUCAGAAAUCUUCGGGGAAGAUUUUCAGACCAUGGGAUUUACAUCAACAACAACAACAACAGCAAGAUUCAACUGUUUCUACUACAACCAAAGAAGUGAUUAAACCUAAAUCUGAAGUUAUUGAAGAAAUAAACGUAGAAAAAUCAUCUCCUGCCUGUCUGGGACCAAUUUCUACACUUUAUGACUACGCAUCAACUUCUACACUUCCAUAUUUACCUCUACAAGGACAAGAAUACCUCCCUGGAUUACCCACGGAUCUCCUCCUGACACAAAACUACGCUCUAGAGGAAUAUGCAAGGAUUCUAACACAGGAUCAUCAAGCAAAACUCAUGAAUUCACGAAAACAACGUCCGAAAAAAUACAAAUGCCCACAUUGUGAUGUUGGAUUCUCGAAUAAUGGACAACUCAAAGGUCACAUUCGUAUACACACCGGAGAGAGGCCUUUCAAGUGUGAUGAUGCUAAUUGUGGUAAAACAUUCACCCGCAAUGAGGAGCUGACCAGGCACAAGCGUAUUCAUAGCGGACUGCGGCCAUUUUCAUGCGCGCAGUGCGGCAAACGCUUCGGACGAAAAGAUCAUCUCAAAAAACACUCGAGGACACACAUGCAGCCACGGAAUGGAAUGUAUGCCGUCCCGGUUAUGUUCCCGCUGGACACCUGGGCAUCCGCAUAUCCAUAUAUGUCUCCAGUGCCGAUGUUAUAUUAA